UUCAACUUAGUGUAUGCAGGGCCUCUACAUAUUUCGGUGUUUGUAGCCAUCCUAUCAACUCACUCUGUAAAAAUUUUACCACUGAGUUAGGAAAAGAUGGCUGCGUCUCCCAGGUUAUUGACACAAACGGCUUUGAGUUAAAUCGGGAAGGAUACAGGAAUUACUUUGAAGUGCACACUCUUGUCACAGAAACUGGAACAGGUGUGCAGCUUACAGACAACAAGUAUAUAUUCAUAGAUUCAUCACUGAUAAAGAUUACAUUUGAGAAUAUGGAUAGGGUCUACAAGCAGGGACUCCCUUAUAUGGGUCAGAUUAAAUUGCUUCAUCCAGACAACUCUCCCAUUCCAAAUGAAGUCAUCCAGUUGCAUCUGAAGGACAAAAUUGUGGGCAACUAUACCACAGAUAUAAAUGGCACUGCUCAAUUUUCCUUGGAUACAUCUAAGAUUACAUAUCCAAAUAUCACUUUGAUAGCAACCUACAAGACCAAUGAAAACUGCUAUGCUGAUGGCUGGGUGUUGCCUCAUUACCCAGAGACAAAAUACUUUGUACGUCGAUUUUACUCCAAGACGAAUAGCUUCCUAAAGAUUGUCCCAGAGAGGAAAGAACUGAGAUGCAACCAGCAGAAGCAGGUGAUGGUGCACUACCUUCUCAAUACGGAAAGCUUUGAAGACAAAACCUACACAGCGACCUUCAAUUAUCUGGUAAUUGCAAAAGGUAUGAUCAUUCUUCAUGGACAACAGAAAAUCGAGAUCAGUGAUGAUGUUGCAAAGGGAGUAUUUUCCAUUCCUAUAGAAGUUAGCACCGAGUUGGCACCCUCUGCAAUUAUGUUUGUCUACACCUUACAUCCUGAAGGAGAAAUGGUCACUGACAGUACCAGACUCUACAUUGAGAAAUGCUUCAAAAAUAAGGUCAACUUAAAUUUCUCUGAAGAAAGGAGUUUACCAGGAUCUGAGAUCAGCCUUCAAGUCUCAGCUGCCUCAAAUUCUCUUUGUGCCCUGUGGGCUGUAGAUGAAAGCAUAUUGCUGCUGAGGAACUAUGGUCAGCUGUCAGCACAAAGUGUAUAUAAUGAGCUAUAUUAUAAGGAACUGCAUGGCUAUUAUUUCAAAGGACUUAAUUUAGAUGAUGGCCGUAAAGAACCAUGUCUCAAUGAUGAACAAAUCCUUUACAAUGGAAUUUAUUACACACCUGCAUCAGCUGACUUUGGAGAAGAUGCCUAUGAUCUUGUGAAGGCAAUGGGAUUAAAAGUCCUUACCAACUCUCAUCUCCGGAAACCAGUACUGUGCAAGAAUUUCGAAUAUCGUGACUUUGUUGAGCCAGAAUUUAAUGCAAAGUUGACUGCAGGUGAUGAGACUUCAUUCUCUGAUAAAUCUUACAGCGAGACUCUGAGGAAAUCAUUUCCUGAAACUUGGGUCUGGAAUCUUAUCACAACUGACUCCACAGGGGUAGCCAAACUUCCUCUUACUGUUCCUGAUACCAUUACACAGUGGAAGGCCAAUGGAUUCUGUAUGAAUGAUAAAGAUGGAUUUGGCGUCUCCGCAACCACCUCCCUGACUGCUUUUCAGCCCUUCUUUGUGGAUCUCACUCUCCCCUAUUCAGUUGUUCGAGGAGAAGAAUUCACUGUGAAAGUCAAUGUCUUCAAUUAUCUGAACAGAUGUAUUCAGAUUAGUACUGUACUGAAAGCAUCUAGUGCGUACCAAGCCAGACUUCUCUCAACUGAAGAUGAAAAUGUUUGUAUAUGUGGCAAUGAGAAAAAAUCCUCUGUUUGGCUGGUUACCCCUCAUACACUGGGUACGGUCAACCUCACUGUCACUGCUGAAACCCUGCAGAAGAGCAUCUGUGGGAAUGGCUCAUCCACGGCCUUGGAUAUUGGCUGGAGGGAUACACUGAUCAAACCAUUGCUGGUAGAGCCUGAAGGUAUUGAAAGAGAAAUGACACAGGGCUCCCUUAUUUGCACAAAUAGAUCCACAGUGUCUCAGCCAGUAGUGCUAACUCUACCUGACAAUCUUGUGAAAGAUUCAUCUAGAGCUUAUUGGUCUGUCCUUGGAGACAUUCUCGGUUCUGCCAUGCAAAACUUACAGAAUCUUCUCCAAAUGCCUUUUGGUUGUGGAGAGCAGAAUAUGGCCCUCUUCACUCCCAAUAUUUACAUCUUGGACUAUCUGACUCAGACUCAACAACUGACAGAAGAAAUAAAAUCCAAGGGUAUUGGAUACCUGACCACAGGAUAUCAGAGGCAACUAUCCUAUAAACACUACGAUGGAUCUUAUAGUACCUUCAGACGUGAAGAUCAACAAGGAAACACAUGGCUCACUGCAUUUGUUUACAAGUCAUUUGCACAAGCUAAACGCUACAUUUAUAUUGAUGACAAAGUUCAGUCCCAAACCCUUAUUUGGCUCUUAAAUACUCAGAAAUCAGAUGGCUGCUUCUUAAAUUUGGGCAAAGUCUUCAACAAUGCUUUGAAGGGAGAAGAAGAUGAUGAGAUUUCUCUCACUGCAUAUGUUACUAUUGCACUGAUUGAAGCUGGUCACCCCAUCUCAAUGGUGGCUGUUCAAAAGGGUCUCCAGUGCCUAGAGGCUGCUUCUAAGAAGAGAGCUCCCACCACCUAUGACCAAGCUCUCCUGGCCUACACUUUCGGUGUAGCGGGCCAGGAAGACAAAAGGGAAUUCUUCUUCAAUGAGCUAAAGAAAAAGGCAAAGAAAGUAGAUGGCGUCAUAUACUGGGAAUUAGAAGAGAACCUCUCUAGGGAAGGACCAACUCUCUACCACCCUCGGGCUUCAUCUGCACAGAUAGAGAUGACCUCAUAUGGCCUCCUGACUCUUAUCUCCAAGCCGAUGCUAACCUCAAAAGAGCUGUCCUAUGCGUCUCAGAUUGUACAGUGGGUAGCAAAGCAGCAGAACUCCUAUGGAGGUUUCUCAUCCACGAAGGAUACCAUUGUGGCUCUCCAAGCUCUGACCCUAUUCCAAAGGCUCACUUUCACUAAAAACAGACAAAACUCAGUGCAGAUUUUCAAUGAUCAAACAUUCAAUACAGCCUUCAGAGUGAAUGAUGAGAACCGUUUGCUGCUACAACGAAUUCUAUUACCAACAACUAAGGGGAAAUAUACUGUGGAAGUGAAUGGCAAUGGCUGUGUAUAUGUACAGUCAACUCUGAAAUAUAACAUCCUGCUACCCAAGAAGUCAUCUGGGUUUUCUCUUUCUGUGAAUACAGCCAAUGCUUCCUGCAGAGGAUUAUUUGAAACAAGAUUUGACCUUGUCAUUUCAGCCAGUUACUAUGGAAGGCGCAACUCUUCCAACAUGGCAAUCAUUGAUGUGAAGAUGCUUUCAGGCUUUGUACCUAAUAAAUCAUCUAUUGAGAAGCUUCAGGAAGACGGCAAAGUACAACGAGUAGAAGUCAAAAGCACCCACAUCUUUUUCUAUCUGGAGAAUGUUACUCAAAAGGAAAUUCAAUUCUUAUUCUCUGUUGAACAAGAGGCACUUGUAUCCAACAUCAAGCCAGCAUCAGUUCAGCUCUAUGAUUACUAUGAAACCGAUGAAUUUGCACUUGCAGAAUACAACACACCAUGCAAUCAGAUGUCUUUUGAGACCUCCUUAUUCUAGGAUAAGGGAAGUGAGCUGGAAAAGAAGACAACUUGGAACAGGGAUAUAUACUGAGUAACCACAUCCAUGGUUUCAAACAAAUAAAAGCAUCCAGAAUAUUCAUAUGAAGCAGAUAUUCAAGUUCAUCUUCCACCAACAACAUCUUCCCUUACGUGCACCACCAAGGGUUUUUGCUUUCUCCCCAAGGCCUUCUCUGGAACCCUGGAAUCUAACUUGACCUGUGUACAAAUGCAACUGAGAAGGGCAGGUUUAAUGCCUCCAGGGGCAAUCUCCAACCAAGGAGUGGACAGUGCUCCUGCCUCCUGCCUUGGUCAGAAAAUUCUGGGAGGCUUUCCAAGAGCUUGCCUGAAGUCCCCUUGAACAGAGCUCCCUGUUUCUCACAGAGGCAGCCUCAAUAACAAAUUCUUGAAUUAGCCUCUUUCCUUCCCCGUCACAAACUCCCUGCUCCCUCACUCCUGCUUCCUGGAUCACCUCCAAAAUAAAUUAUUUUCACCCAA